AUGGACAGCCUUUCCAAUAACGUCUCCAAUAUUCAGCACUCACUUCAGUCCGCCAAGGAGCGACUCAGUUCUCUUGAUGCCACUUCAAAGAAUACUGUCGCUGCAGAGGUCGCCGCUGUUCGCUCCUCUCUUCACACCAGUCUGGGAAAAGCUCAGCAUGCUAAAUUACAGAUGAGUUCAUUCCUAUUAUUACUUGAAAAUGUUGAAGAUCCAACGACCGUCAACAUGGCCCCUCAAAUUUCUUGGCUGGCUCGAUCUCUCGAUGGCGUUACUGCUUCUAUCACCCAAGCUGAGGCAUCGGCAGAUAGCGCGCUACAGUCCACCAUGGACUGCUGCUACCAGGUGAUGGAUGUCGGACGAGAUGUUGAGGCCCAGGAUGAUCUGCUAGAUGAAUGCCAGUCGCAAGCAAAAGAACUCGCUAGCCAGGCAGAGAGUUCUCUGACCUCGAGCGAAGCAAUUCUGGCGCAGACACAAAGGGAUGCUAGCGCCAAAGAAGAGGAGAUUCGUAUCAAGACUCGCCAGGCGAAUGAGAAGAGGACUAGGAAGACAGAGCUUGAUCGUGAGAUAUCUCAAAAGAACGGGCAAAUUGCAGAGACACACAGGCGACGUGAGAGCAAGAAGGAAUCGGCAGGCGUAGGACUGAUUUUGACCGGAAUCGGCCUUAUGGCUGCACCUUUCACUGCAGGGGCAUCAUUGGGACUAGCAGCAGCCGGUGCCGGAUUUGCUGGUUACAAGGGCGUUCGUGUAUCGGACCUCAAGGACGAGAUUGUCGCCCUUCGAUCCAGGGUAUCCACGUUGAAUGGAGAGAUAUCCCAAGAUCAGCAAGUAAUCUCAAGCCUCGAGACUGAGCAGCGCAACUUGCAAAACCUAGUCUCGCAGUACCAGCGCGAUAUUUCAUCCCGUCGAUCAACGCAUCAACUCUACCAAAAGCAAAUCUCAGAGGCUAACCGGGUAGAGAACGACAUCACAACGCUCAAGGGUGUUGCAGAAGCUACCAUCUCCAACAUCAACGACGUCAACUCCGAAUUGCAGGAUGUAAAAGAGUGUCUGGAUGAAUGCAGCUCUCUCUUGCAGGCCAAAUCAGUUGACUUGUCGACCUCGGCGACCUCUAUUGAUUGGAUCAUUGGUGCGGUCGGUAGGUGCACUAGAAAGUUCCGUGCAAAGGAGUUUGAGAGGCAGAUAACGCUUAUGCAGCAGGUUGCUGAGGUGCUUGAGAAGAUUGAACAGGAAGGCCAACUACUAUUGUCGAGCCAAAAUAUGGCUUUCCUAGAUGCCAAGCCUUGGGAUGACGUGAAAAACCCAAUCGUGGAGGAACAUGAGACAAUUCCUGAAUUGAUUUAUAUUAGGUAG